AUGGUGGUUAAGUCCACCAAGCGCGCUUGCAUUGUUGGCGUCGCGCUGGAUUGCUACUACAAGCAGAUCUCGCAGAUGCCGAGUUGGUCAAAGCUUGACUUAUGCAAUUUUGCCGCUGUUUGGGCGGGCUUGGAUUGCCCCUGCACUUCAGAGUUCGACGGAAAACCUGAGAAUUUUGUGGAGAAGAAUGAUGAGCGCCGUGAGAACGGAUUUGGGGAUGAUAUUAGGGUUGAACCAGACGAGAUUGAUCAUGUGGUGGUGGAGAGAGUUAAGAAUUUAGAAAUCGAAAACGGUAAUUCAGCAGAAAUCGAUGAAGAGGACUUUAGAAUUCCGCUGCCAUGGGAAUUGUUACAGCCAGUUUUGAGAAUUUUGGGGCAUUGUUUGCUGGGGCCCUUGAAUGCUGAUGAGGUGAAGGAUGCAGCGUCUGUGGCUGUGCGGCGCCUAUAUGCUAGGGCUUCGCAUGAUCUGGCCCCGCGAGCAAUUCUAGCUACAAGGAGUUUGAUCCAGCUUGAUAAGGGGACGCGUGAAGCUGCCAAUGCGGCUGCUGCAGCAGCUGCCAAUGGUACUGGUUCGAAUGUUAACACUCCCAGUAAGGCUAAGAAACCCGAGAUGCUUUUAGUUUCCAAGUGA